AUGGCUUCUUCGGUGGAGCGGUGUUUAUUUCUACAUAUUCAUGGUGGUGGUUCUCGGCGGCAUGGAGCAGUGGAGGCUUGGCGUCAGAUGUGUGGCGAUGGACAACGCAGGAGGUCGAUGUUGUCUGGCGUCGUGGUGGCGUCGAUGGCAGAUAGGCCUGACAAGGUCGAUACUAUUGUUACCCAACCAAAGCAUAAUUCAGUUUCCCAUCUACUCCACUAUUAUACUACUUCAGUUUACAUCUCUUCACAAAAAAUAUUAGUAUCUGCUGGCACCCAACCCAAGCAAAUUUCAUUUCCCAAUCUACUAUCUAUUGCAAACUCGGGCAACUUCCUGCACGGCGGCGCGACAGGGUCGCUGCUUGACUUGGUGGGCUCUGCUGUCUUCUACACCACUGUGGCACAAACCAGGGGCUUGCCACUAGGGAUAAACGUCUCCUACCUGGAUGCUGCAUUUUCGAAUGUAGAGAUUGAUAUCGGAGCCAAGGUGCGCGCCGUAAAAGCAGUAGGAGUGGCUACUGCGGAACUGAAGAAAAAAUCUGGCAGAAUCAUCGCUCAGGCCCGCUAUUCCAAGUAUAUUGGUGCAUCUAGUAGACUGAAGGCGACCCUGCCAUGUAAGUUGUAAGCCUGUAUGUA